CCAAACUGUCACACACCGCUGAUUGCAUCCGAACAGUAGCCGCUCUGUUCUAUCAGUAAAUUUUGCAGUUUUCGCGGCGGUGCACAACUUUCCAAUUUUUCCUGAGCCUUUUCUUUUCGCCUCCCAAGUUUGUCGCAGUGCACUUGGAUUCGUUGCACACGGUCACUGCAAUGGUUUCCAUAGGGAAUUAGUGCGUGCAAAAUUCUCGCAGCUUGCUAAUUGCGUCGAACAAGGAGGCAAAUAAAACAUGGCCAACCAAGUCAAGUGCAAAGCCAAGGUUCGGCAAAAGUAAAGCAGCAGAGAAAAAGUAGGUGGUAAUGCGGAAAGCGAGCCUUUCCGAAACAGCUGAUUUUUCUACACUCGCCGCGGAAUCGACUCGUCCAUCAUCAGAGUAAAAAAGUUAUACAAACUUCGGAAAUCUUAAUCAUGUAAUGUCGCUGGCAGUCGUAGCUGGUAGAAGGUUCCCCUUUUGUGGAUUCUCCUGGAUCAUCGAUUUUCGGUUCCGGAGGUGGUAGUGAUUACUUAAUUCCCUGGAAGGUGGUUUCAUACGCUUUGCGGUAGGAAAAGGUGAAAAAUCAAUUUUUCAUGUUAAUUUUUCGCCCUGUUCUACGGAGGAAAGAGUGGAAAUAGGGCCCGAAGAAAUGUUGUGCACCGUGUUUGGAAUCGUGCUAGGAGUGCUUGUGGCUCUGUAUGCCCUGUUUGAGUUGCAUUAUUUUCUGAGGAUGUGCAUUUGUGUGAUUGCGGCCCGGUACGUAAAGAAACGGAUACAUAUUCUGGAGACGACCACUGUCACUGGUCUCUGUCUAACGAACGACAUCGAUACCCUCCUCUAUCACAUGAACAAUGCCCGCUACGUUCGGGAGGUGGACUUUGCCCGUGUGGACUUCUACGAGCGUACUCUGCUCUAUCGGACCAUUUGCAGUAAGGGAGGUUCGGUGGUUCAGGGGGCAACGACCAUCCGCUACAGGAGAUUCAUCCGACCCUUCACACGCUUCAGGAUCAGCUCCAGGAUUGUUUACUGGGAUAAUCAAUCGAUUUUUAUGGAGCAUCGAUUCAUCGGAACGUCGGAUGGAUUCAUUCAUUGCAUAGCUCUGUGUCGCCAGCGGGUCAUCGAAUGCUCGGUGGAGGAUGUCAUGGCGACACUGUUAAAGGCCAACGCUACUGCGACCAGCUCGACCGAGUGCUUGGAUCGAUUGGAAAAUGGUGGCACUGGCGGUGGAGGCAUCAUAGUUGGCAAUGGCAGUGAGUACGUCAGCAAGCUGAAACCGGAAAUGCCACAGGAGGUUGCCAAGUGGCUGGAGUGGAACGAAAUCUCCAGUGCUAGUUUACGGAAUGAGUGCUGAUUUGAUGGGGUGGCUAUUGUUGGAUGUUGGAAUUUUCCUUUAAGGUAACAACAGCGGGAUGAGAGGAGCAAUUAUGCUAAUUUGUGCUAAUUGUGGGUUGUUGUUUUCUAGGAAUUGCGUGUAAUUUGGCUGUCCUGCUUUUCCAUAGAAAAGCAACGUAGUUGAUGGAAAAUGGAUUCUAAA